AUGUCUCAAUACAACUUACAAGAUGUGAUAUCUAUUAAAGAAUGGCUUGAGAAAGAAUCAUACCUGCCAAAUAAUUUUGAUGAUUUUGUACUGGAGAAAUUCCUUCAUAGCUGCUAUGGCAGCCUGGAACGCACGAAGGAAUGCAUAGAAAAGUUCUGCACCACGCGCAGUGUUAUGUCAGAGGUGUACACAUCGAGAGACCCCCUAUCAGAAAACAUCAAGACUGCAUUCUCCAUUGCAAACAUAGCAACUUACGAAGCAGGCGAUUAUGAAAUCGCAAUCCUCCAACAUGAAGACCCGACUCUCGAAAGAUAUCAAUUCUACGAUGUUUUGAAAAGUUUAACGCUUCACAUUGAUAUACGGAUCAAGACUCAAAAAUUUCUACCUGAGGGUCAUAUUAUAAUCAUAGAUAUGAAGAAUUACUCGUUGCGUAUAAUUCCCAAGAUCAACGUUUUCUUUUUAAGAGAAUUUCUCGUAUAUCUUUUGGAAGCAAUGCCCGCACGUGUCAAACAAAUUUACGGAAUAAAUGCGCCCCCUUUUUAUGAUAAACUAUAUGCACUAGUCAAACCUGCUUUGCCUACAGAUAUUUGUAAUAUGAUCAAAAUUUUACCUGACUGCGAGAGCCUAUACAAAUGGAUAGACAAAAAAUAUUUGCCAAUUGAGUAUGGAGGUGAAGCUCCUAGUAUGAAGAAACAGCAUGAAGACUGGGUCAGCCAAAUUCAAGCGGAAAGAGACAUGUUCCUAAACGACAACAUGUGGAAAGCAGAUUUAAAGAAAAAAACGAAGACAAAUGAAUUGAAUUCAAUGAAUGGGUCCUUCAAAACAUUGUGUAUAGAUUAA